UACCCCAAAUUCGAUUUUUCAUGAAUAAUUUUUAAAAAUGUUGGAAUUUUGUUUAACUGUUCUAGUUACUUCUUCAUUGGGAUGUGUAAAAGCAUAUCCAACCAUUUGUUUUCAAUUUGACAUAUUUUUACCUAUGAAAAGUGCAGCACUGUGCUUGGGGUACAAGUUGUACCCCCUCCGUCAACCGCGGUACAGUUCAUUGCGGUCGACGCCACUGACUAAACCAGACGUUUUGCGCACGGCACCAAACCUGUUGUUUGCAAUAACACACAAAUCAGUUCUGUGGAUGACUUAGUGCUAACAUACCGUUUUAGUUUAUCCAUUUGUGAUUACACGAUUUACCGAUAUGUCGAAAAAAAUAAAGUUAGACCUUCGGAAAGAACAGGAUCGUGAAACUGCAGUGCAGUGGUUAGAGGAAAGUGAUGAUGAUUACCUUUCUGAAAGAGAUAGUUUAUCGGAUGAUUCAGAAUUAGAUGAUAAUUUAGAAGUAGCGGAAUAUGAGCCUGAAAUUCUGCAGGUAAUUUUUAUUUUUGUUUUAUGUACGAUAUUUCUAUUUUGAGUUUAUUAUAUUUUAGCCAUCUGAGAGCGACAGUAAUGAUUCUGAUAAACCAGUUUUGGGGGCAGUAGAUUCCACAUUUAUUUCCAAGAAUGGUACAGUUUGGAAAAAUCGUCCUUUACGAAAAACUAGAUGUCGCACAAAAAACUUGCUCGAAAAACCAGGGCUUACAGAAAAAUCUAAAAAUGUCGCUAAAAUUAGUGAUUGCUUCAAAUUAUUUGUAGAUGAGAAAAUUGUAGAGAUCAUCGUCAAAUGUACAAACCAGAAAACGGAGAAAUACAUUCAGGAUUGGAAUGGAAAAAAUCCUAAUAAAACAAGAACCUGGUUGCCCACUGAUUCAGUGGAAAUUUAUGCGGUCUUGGGACUCUUGAUUACGGCGGGUGCGCUAAAAACCAAUAGGGAACCAGUGCACUUUUUGUGGUGUCGAAACCCUUUGUACAGUCGAUGUAUUUUUCCGGCUGCCAUGUCACGCGACCGAUUUCUAGAUAUAAUUUCACUUAUGCGAUUCGAUGAUUUGAACACUAGAGAAGAACGUAGAAGUUCUGACAAACUAGCAGCUUUUAGGGAAGUGUUUACAAAGUUUGUAGAACACUGUAAAGAAAGUUUUAAGUGCCACUCUCAUCUAACUGUUGAUGAACAACUUGUAAGUUUUAGAGGUAAGUGUCCAUUUAGAGUCUACAUGAAAUCAAAACCAGCCAAGUAUGGCAUCAAAAUAUGGGCUCUAGUUCAUGCAACAAUCACCUAUGCUGCUAACCUUCAGAUUUAUACUGGAAAAGAUGGUAACAAACCAGAAAAAGACCAGGGCAAAAGAGUAGUACUUGAUUUGGUCUCAUUUCUAAAAACUGGUUAUGGCAUCACUACUGAUAAUUUCUUUACCAGUGUUCCCUUGGCAAAACAACUCCUAGAUCGACAAAUAACAUUAUGUGGAACACUUCGAAAAAACAAGCAGGAUAUC